UUAGCUUUUACUAUUUGGAUUUUACUUCAUUCAAAAGUGUUCAAGAUUUUUCAAGAAUUAUUCAUAAUCGUAAGCCAAUUUUGUAGAUUUCUGUACAUUUUCUAUCCAAACAUUUUUAUUAUAUUCUUUCAUAAUGUAUCAACUUGUUAAUUAUGAAAAUGAAAUCGCUCAUCAUCCUGUUAAAGAUUUAACACUUCCUCCAGCCCUUGAGGAGGCAUUAAAUUAUAAAGAAGAAAGAUCCAAAGAAGUAGCUGCUAAUGAACCCCUGCAUCUCACAUUAGGUAUAUUAUCUGAAGAUAAUCAUAAAAACUUACAAAAUAUAGUUAAGGAAAAUGUAAAAGUAGUUGAUAAUAAUGAUGAUGAAAAUUCACAACAAGAAACAUUAAAAUUAUCAUCAAUAGACCGAAAAGUAGCUAAAAGAAAAAAAAAGAAGUUGAAAAAGAAGAAGAAGAAACAGUUGAAAAUUGAGUUAAAAGAAAAUAGUGAUACAUUGGCAUCAUCAGAUAAAAAAAAUAUAUUGCAGGCAAUAGAUAUAGAAGUAGAAUAUAUACAAGAAACAUUAAGUAUUUUUAAUCUUGUGCCUAUGUACCGACAAUAUGCUAAAGUUUUUGAAAAUUUUAAAAUUCCUGAGCCAGAUUUAAAAUCUGCUGAUAAUGUCAAUAAUUCGGAAUUAACCAUUCCUAAUCUUGAUCUAAAAAAAGUGCCUAAAUUGCUUGAACAAGAAGAUGAAGAUGAUGAUGAAAAAGAAAAAANCACAUUAGGUAUAUUAUCUGAAGAUAAUCAUAAAAACUUACAAAAUAUAGUUAAGGAAAAUGUAAAAGUAGUUGAUAAUAAUGAUGAUGAAAAUUCACAACAAGAAACAUUAAAAUUAUCAUCAAUAGACCGAAAAGUAGCUAAAAGAAAAAAAAAGAAGUUGAAAAAGAAGAAGAAGAAACAGUUGAAAAUUGAGUUAAAAGAAAAUAGUGAUACAUUGGCAUCAUCAGAUAAAAAAAAUAUAUUGCAGGCAAUAGAUAUAGAAGUAGAAUAUAUACAAGAAACAUUAAGUAUUUUUAAUCUUGUGCCUAUGUACCGACAAUAUGCUAAAGUUUUUGAAAAUUUUAAAAUUCCUGAGCCAGAUUUAAAAUCUGCUGAUAAUGUCAAUAAUUCGGAAUUAACCAUUCCUAAUCUUGAUCUAAAAAAAGUGCCUAAAUUGCUUGAACAAGAAGAUGAAGAUGAUGAUGAAAAAGAAAAAAACGGUGAAGUUCAUCCCAAAAACUCUGAUAAGUUGUCAAGAAGGCAAUUUAAAAAAGUAACACGUUUAAGUGUUGCUGAGUUGAAACAGCUAGUGUCACGACCAGAUGUAGUUGAAAUGCAUGAUGUUACUGCAAGAGACCCUCAUCUUUUAAUACAGUUAAAAGCUCAUCGUAAUACAGUACCUGUACCAAGGCAUUGGUGUUUUAAACGUAAAUAUUUACAAGGUAAACGUGGUAUUGAAAAAUCCCCAUUUGAUUUACCUGAUUUUAUAAAGCGUACUGGUAUUAUGGAGAUGAGAGCAGCUCACCAAGAAAAAGAAGAUGAAAAGUCCCUAAAAAAUAAAAUGAGAGAAAGAGUUAGACCUAAGAUGGGAAAAAUUGAUAUAGAUUAUAAGAAAUUACAUGAUGCAUUUUUUAAAUUACAAACCAAACCAAAAUUAUCUUUACAUGGUGACUUAUAUUAUGAAGGCAAAGAAUUUGAAACUAAACUUAGAGAAAAGAAACCAGGUGAUUUAAGUGCUGAAUUACGUACUGCAUUGGGUAUGCCAGUUGGUCAUAAUGCACAAAAAGUUCCUCCACCAUGGUUAAUUGCAAUGCAACGGUAUGGACCACCUCCUUCUUAUCCUGCACUUAGAAUACCGGGUCUUAAUGCUCCAAUUCCAGAAGGAUGUUCUUUUGGUUAUCAUGCAGGUGGCUGGGGUAAGCCUCCUGUUGAUGAAAGGGGUCGUCCUCUUUAUGGAAAUGUCUUUGGGACUCCUUCUGAUUAUGAUGAAUCACUUGUGGUUGAAGAACAUAUUGAUAAAUCAAUGUGGGGAGAACCUGAAUCAGAGUCAGAUGUUGAAGAAAGUGAAGAAGAAGAAGAAGAAGAAAAUGUGGAAGAAAUUAAAGAAGCUGAAGAAGUAUCUAUUGAUGCAAGUGGUAUUGCUACUCCAGUUGCUGAAGGUUUAGCAACACCUUCAGGUAUUAUGUCUGGACUACCAAGUGGCUACGAAACUCCUGAGUACAUUGAAUUACGAAAACGAAAAAUAGAAGCUGAAAUGGAAUCAAAUGACCAACAACCCUUAUAUCAUGUAUUACCUGAAAAAAAGGUAGACACAGUUCGUGGUUCAAUGAUGGCUUCUACUCAUAUGUACGAUAUACCAGCUACUGUUACUAAUAAACCUGGAGAAGUUGAAGUCAGCUUAGAUCCUUCUGAAUUAGAAUUAGCAGGAGAUGUUGAAGCUAUGGCUGCUAGAUAUGAGCAAAGAAUGAAAGACCAACAGGGCAAUGAAAAUGAUACUAAAGAGUUUGAAAAGAAAAAAGGACAAAAACGUAAAACGUCUCAAGAAUCAAAAACUAGCAAAAAAUAUAAAGAUUUCAAGUNCUAC